GUGUGUUGGCAUGCGAGAGCGCGCUGUAGGGGCAGGCCGUGACGAGUGAGAGCGGAACAUCUCUGGCUUGCUCUCCAAGGUACAAGCGGGUCACGGCGGGUGGAUCCGUACUUGUAAGUCGUUUCUGGCUACAAAAGCAACUUUCAGUGAUGCCGAGGACUCACCUACAGUGAAAGCCGGCGACUCUCUCAAGUGUGUGGAGAGUGCGGAGAGGAUCGUCAGCACGCCGUUUGUCUGUGAUACUGGUGGGGGCCUUACCAAGCCCCUCUUUCUGCUUCUUGUCGGAGAAUGGCGAAACUCCGAGAGACUCAGCUCAACUCCUGGUCUUGCAAAACUGUUUAUAUCGUGGCUCUGGUAUGCAUUGGAUGUGUUCUAGCACAUGAGCUGGAGAAGGACUUUGAGUUCACAGACAGUGAGGUGAAACUGGUGAAAAGGGCUGUGAACAGUGGUCCUUCUUUGAUAUCAGAUGACGAGGACUUGUUAGCAGACGACGUUGGCUCAGGACCAGACGAAGGCAGUGCCACAGAUGAGCCGCCUUUCACCAAGACAGUUGUUGCAGGGUACCCAGUCUUUUACCGGGUGACCAUUGCCUUCACCAGCAUCGCCUACACCUCUGGCUUGGGUGACCGCAACAGCGCGGACUUCCAGGAUUUGUCGGCUGCCCUUGCUGGCGCCAUCGAACAACUGUUUACCAAUGUACCCGGGCAGCAGAUGGUCACAGUCAUUCAGUACAGCCGGGACCCACUGUUGGUGACCCUUGAUCUUGUUUCUGAUGGGUUCAAUGACCAGCAAGUGCUACGUUCAGUCCUGGAAAAUUCCAUCGGCAGAGGCUCUAUUGGCCCCUAUGGGGUCAGCCGUGAAGGAUUCUCCUUCAAAUCCCUUCAACCCGAAGCUACAGGGAGGGAUAGAUGCAGUUCCCAUCAGUUUCACUGUGACCACGGAGUGUGCAUUGACAGUGUGCGCCGUUGUGACCAGAGGGUGGACUGCCCUGGUGGGGCAGAUGAGCGAGCAUGUCAUGACCGUUCAUGCCCCACAUACAUUGGUCGCAAGCCAGAUUUCCUUCCGCGUAAUGGCAGCAACUGGGCCAGUCUGCUCAUCAACAAUGCUUUCCCAUGUCCGGGCAGAGUAGUAAGUUGGGAGUACUAUCGCUUGAUCCCAGAAGGAGAAGCUUUUGCAGGGGUCUGGCGGCAAGUGACAGAAACUGAGUUUCUCCUCGUGGAUAGAACUUUGUUUCCACCUGCUGCGGCUGGUAGGCAGACAGUCUCUGUUACUCGUCCAAUUGAGGUACAACGUGGGGAUUUUAUUGGUAUCUUCUAUCCUCGUUCUACACGCAAUAAUGUUAUUGCUCAGGCAACACUGGCAGAUGAUGCUGUACCAGCCAGUGAGCUUUUUCAGAAUUAUUAUGCUCAGUUUUAUGAGGACAUGUUGGAGCCAGAAGUUCCCUUUGAUGUUAGCACUGUACCUUCCAGAACCACCAAUGCCACUUUUGCUAUAAGGGCAGUUUUGGACUAUGCCAGUCCCCUGGCCGUUAUACCUGUAUAUACUUGUGCCAGCAAUGAGUUUACCUGUAACGAUGGGUACUGUAUCCAAAAGUCUUAUGUGUGUGAUAGACAACCUGACUGCAAUGAUGGGUCGGAUGAACUCAACUGUGGCCCUGACGUUGAACCAUGCCUUGAAGGCCGAAUUAGAUGUGUCAGCACUGGACAGUGUAUAAACCGUCGGCUACGGUGCGAUGGUAAAGCAGACUGCCCAGAUGGCUCAGAUGAACAGUUCUGUACUGCCUGCACUGCUGAUGAGUACCGCUGCAUUGAUGGAAGCUGCAUUAGUAUUUUGCUGCGAUGUGACAGUCGUGCCGACUGUCCUGGUGGAGAUGAUGAAUUUCAGUGUCAAUCCAUUCCAUGCCGUGGCGACGAGUUUAGAUGCGAAGGGGGGCUGUGUAUUAAUGCAGUUCUUCGAUGUGACGGCAACAUUGAUUGUCCUGAUCGCACAGAUGAACUAGACUGUCCGCCACGUCAGUGCCGCAUUGAUGAGUUUCGUUGUGAUGAUGGCUCAUGCAUCCCUGGAUCCAAGGAGUGUGAUUCUCUGCCAGAUUGUGUAGAUGCUUCAGAUGAGGAUCCUAAUCGCUGCAUUCCAUUCUCCGGGGUUUGUGCCCCUAAUGAGUUUCAAUGUGAAGACGGAUUCUGCAUUCCAUCAGUCCAGCAAUGCAAUGGUGUCCUCGACUGUGCAGACAGAUCAGAUGAAUCUAACUGCCCAGAUUUUGGAGAACUUUGCCCAGAGGGGUUAUACCGUUGUGAUGAUGGCAAGUGUGUAAACCCAUUGCUGAGGUGUGAUGGUAAAAGUGACUGUGAUGAUGGAUCAGAUGAGAAAGGCUGUGUUACCCCAGACACCACCACUUCAGAAAUUAUUCCCUUCCCAGAGCUCUGUCCAGAGGGUCUGUUCCGUUGUAACAGUGGUCAGUGUAUCAGACCUGACCAGAAAUGUGAUGGGCGUCGUGAUUGUCAGGAUAAUUCUGAUGAGAUUGAUUGUGUAGGUUGUGAGAGUGGAGAUUUCCAGUGUAAUGAUGGCAGCUGCAUCGAUGGCCGACUCCAAUGUGAUGGGAUUUCUGAUUGUAAGGACGCGUCUGAUGAAGCAGGAUGUCCUGUUCUGAAGAUCACAGGCACAGCUCGUGUGGAAGAGGGACAAACAAUUCGGGUUAUGUGCAAUCUGACUGGGGGUGAUCCCAGCCGUCACACCAUCUCCUGGUUAGUGGAUGGAGAGAGUGUAAGCACAGACGAAAAUGAAAACAUUGACAUACAGAAUUUCCCUAUGCCAGAGAAAGGUUUCCUUCUUAGCCAACUACAUAUUAAACAAAGCACUGCAUUGGACACAGCCAUCUAUUCUUGCAGUGGGCCAGGAAACUUGCAAGCAGACUUUUCUGUGGAAGUUGUUGCCAGAGGCUGCAGGAGCAGUGAAUUCUCAUGUAGUGAUGGUCAGUGUAUCGCAUCACAGCGUAGAUGCGACAGGCGCUUGGACUGUGAAGAUGGCUCAGAUGAAGAGAACUGCCCCCCACGCACCUGUGGCCCUCGGGAUUUUACCUGCAGAGAUGGCCAGUGUAUUGAUGCUUUUGCCAGGUGUAAUAAAGCAUUUGACUGUGCUGACAGAUCCGAUGAGGAAGGAUGCCCCUGUGAGGAGGAUGAGUUCACAUGCACAGAUGGUCGAUGCAUCUCGUCCAGCAGGCGCUGCAACCGUGAGAUAGACUGCAGUGAUGGUAGUGAUGAAAAGGGAUGUGCAUGCAAUUCUGCUGAAUUUCGUUGCCGCAAUGGCCAGUGCAUUGCAGGACAGCGUUAUUGUGAUGGACGUCCUGAUUGUAUGGAUGGCAGUGAUGAAGAUGUUUGUCAACCUAGCUGUCGCACAGACCAGUUCCAAUGUGGCAGUGGAGAAUGUGUUGAUCGCAGACGCUUAUGUGAUGGUCGCACAGAUUGUAGAGACCUCUCUGAUGAAAGAAGUUGUCCAACAUCUCCCACACUUACCUGUUUGCCUGGACAAUUUACCUGCCAAAACAAGCAGUGUAUAGAUGCAGGAUUUCGUUGUGAUGGGCACAUAGAUUGUGAAGAUAAGUCAGAUGAAGCAAAAUGUCCUUGCAGGCAGAAUGAGUUCACAUGUGUCACUGACAGACGUUGCAUCUCCACCUCUCUUGUCUGUAAUGGCAUUUCUGAGUGUCAGGAUGGAUCAGAUGAGAUCGACUGUGGUUGUCGUGCUGAUGAGUUUACCUGUGUUUCCAACAAUCGAUGCAUUCCAUCCAGCCGCAGAUGUGAUCGCCGGGCAGACUGUGAAGAUAGAAGUGAUGAAGAGAACUGCCCAUGCUUGUCUGAAGAAUUCACUUGCGUGUCAAGUGGUCGCUGCAUUCCUGCUUCACGCGUGUGUGACCGCCGCCGAGACUGUCCUGAUAAUAGUGAUGAACAGAACUGUGCUUGCCAGGCUGAUGAAUUUACAUGUGAAUCCAGUAACCGUUGCAUCCCAUCUGAAAAUCGAUGUGAUCAGCGCAAUGACUGUGAAGAUGGCAGUGAUGAGAGAAACUGCCCUUGCCGGGCAGAUCAGUUCACCUGUGAGUCCAGUAGACGCUGUAUCUCUAGAUCACAAGUCUGCAACAGACGCAAUGACUGUGAAGAUGGCAGUGAUGAGAGAAACUGCCGCCCCAUCUGUCGGCCUGGGGAGUUUGCAUGUGUGUCUGAUGGCCGCUGUUUGCCACCGCAGUAUGUUUGCAAUCGCCGUGCUGACUGCCGUGAUGGAAGUGAUGAAGCCAACUGCCCAUGUGAUGAGGAGGUGGAGUUCCGUUGUGGAGAUGGGCGUUGCAUCCCAACUGCCUACCGCUGUAAUGGACAAGCAGACUGUGUUGAUCGCAGUGAUGAAGCCAACUGUCCUUCACGUGUAGAGCUGGUGAUAACACCAGCAAGCCUCCGUGUGCGCGCCGGACAAACAGCUAUCUUCUUAUGUCAGGCCAGCGGUGUGGGAAGCACUGGCCUUCGCUUGAGCUGGUCUAGGCCAGGGGCUUUGGGUCUUCCAUCAUCAGCUGUUGAUGACUCUCGGGGUCGUAUUACCUUGCGGAAUGUUGCUCGAGAGGAUGCAGGUGACUACAUUUGCAGUGCUGUUGGUGUUUCUGGAACAUUCCAGUCUACAGUCCGCCUGGAGGUUGACUACAUUGGGCCCACACUUCAGCCACCUACCACAUUGACCCCCCCUGAUGGGAGAUGCCAACCAGAUGAAGCGACCUGCUCCAAUGGCCAGUGCAUCCCACGUGACUAUCUGUGUGAUGGCGAGCAAGAUUGCUCUGACAGCACAGAUGAGUUAAGUUGUGGCAAUCCACUGCCCUGUGAGCCCAAUGAAUUCCUGUGUAACAAUGGGCGAUGUGCAAUGAAGAUAUGGCGCUGUGAUGGGGACAAUGACUGUGGAGAUGGAUCAGAUGAAUCAAACUGCCCAACACGAGAACCUGGUGCAGCUUGCAGGACAGAUCAAUUUAUGUGUCAGCGUGGUGAUCAGUGUGUGCCUUCCAGCUACCAGUGUGAUGGUGAGAUGGACUGUCAGGACCGGUCAGAUGAAAUAGGGUGUGUGGUUCCAACCAUCAUCAAGCCUCCAGUUCCAGAAAUUGAUGUGGAGCUCAAUGGAACCUUCACCAUUUACUGUGAGGCAGUAGGAGUGCCUACGCCUCUCAUUGUGUGGCGCCAGAAUUGGGGUAACAUACCAUCUGGUGACCGAGUCACUGUCACCAGUGUUGGUGGCCGAGGUACCCUUGUUGUCAAAUUUGCCAGGAUUGAAGAUGCUGGUGCAUACACAUGUGAGGCUCUGAACAACCGAGGCAGCAUUUUUGCUACACCUGAUGCCAUGGUCAUAGUACGCCGAACUGCCGGCGCUUGUUUACCACCAAGAUUCAACCUUGCAGCUUUAAAUCAAGAUGAGUGUGUUCGUUGUUUCUGCUUUGGCCACACUGAAACAUGCUACAGCAGCAACCUUCAGAUCUCACAGAUUACACUUGGAAACCAGCUGCAGUUGGUGAGGCGGACAACACUACAGCCUGUGGAAGAGGGAUUUGUGCGAUACAUUCCAUCAUCUGGCGAAUUUCUUGUUCAGGAUCUCAGCCGUACCUUGCCUUCUGACACCUACUACUGGAGCCUACCCAGACAAUACCUGGGUAACAGGCUCACAAGCUAUGGAGGGGAUCUUAGCUACCGAGUGUAUUACGAAGUUGAUGGCUAUGACAUUCCAACCAACAACCCUGAUGUUAUUUUAGAGGGCAAUGGCAUUUACUUGAUUCACCGCCAUGAUCCUAGAGUGCCACCUCGCUCAUCAACUACUGUUCGGGUACCUCUUGUAGAGAAUGCAUGGGAGAAAGGUGAGGGAUCUAUUCGUGGAGAUGUGCCAAUCUCUCAGUAUGCCACUCGCCAGGACCUCAUGUUGGCCCUGCAGAAUGUCACACGUAUCUUGGUGCGUGCCACUUACGACACCCGACAGACGCAAAUCAGAAUUGGAGACAUUUUACUGACUACAGCAGUAUCACAGAACACUGGGUUUGGGAGAGCUAUAAAGGUUGAGGACUGCAGCUGUCCUACUGGCUACUCUGGUCUGUCUUGUGAGAGCUGUGCCUCUGGGUUUUACCGCAUCCAGCGGGGCCGCUACCUGGGUGAAUGUGUAGCAUGCAACUGUAAUGGACAUUCAAAUGACUGUGAUCCAGAGACAGGUGUCUGUCUGGAGUGUCGGGACAAUACAGCAGGUCUGUUCUGUGAACGAUGUGCUGAGGGUUUUAUUGGUGAUGCUCGCCGUGGUACACCCAUAGACUGUGAGCCCUGUCCCUGCCCUCUUACUGUUUCAACUAAUCAGUUUAGCCGUACAUGUGUCUAUGGGGUUGAUGGACAGAUAACUUGCACAGCCUGUCCACCAGGCUACAAUGGACGUCGAUGUGAGAGAUGUGCUGAAGGUUAUCGUGGAAAUCCUUUAGUGCCUGGUGACCGCUGCACACUUGUUAAUGCUACUGAUCUCUGUGAUACAAGAGGCAGUCUGACAACUGUGCCUAGCCCCACUACAGGCAGGUGUGAUUGUAAGCCAAAUGUUCAAGGCCAGUUGUGUGAUCAGUGUCGACCAGAGACUUUUUACCUUUCUGAGGAAUACUCUCUUGGUUGUGUCCCUUGUUUCUGUAUGGGAGUGACUCAGAUGUGUCAGAGUACCUUUUGGAAUAGGGCACAGGUGGGGAUAACAUUUUCAUCUGAAUCUAGUGGAGUCACCUUAACUAACAUAAUGAAGACGCGCUCUGUUGAAACGGGAUUCCUUGUGGAUCGUGGCACUCGUGAACUAACUUAUCGUCGAUUCACUGGUCUUCCACGAGAUGUCUAUUAUUGGAAUUUGCCUGCUCGCUUCUUAGGUAACAAGGUGACUGCCUAUGGCGGAAAUUUGCGUUUCACAGUUCGCUAUCGGCCAGGACAAGAUUCAUCGCCCAUUAGUCUUGGAGAGCCUAUAGUGGAAAUAGGUGGCAAUGACAUCACAUUGGUAUACAGAGGGACACGACAGGUACCUCCUAAUAAGCAGGAGUCUUUCUCCAUCACACUUUAUGAGUCAAACUGGCUGCGUGUAGAUGGUGGGUCUGCAUCCAGGGAACAUCUCCUUAUGGCUCUUGCUGACCUUGAGUUUGUGCUAAUACGGGCUACCUACACACAGACCACAGAGGAGGCUGCACUGAGUGAUGUGUCUCUGGACAUUGCUGACGAUCGUGUCGCUAGUGAAAACCGUGCCUUUGCUGUGGAACAGUGCAAUUGUCCUGCAGGGUACCGUGGACUGUCAUGUGAAGACUGUGAUACAGGUUACACACGGUCUGGUGGAGGCCUGUACCUGGGACUCUGUGAACCUUGCAAUUGUAAUAAACACUCAAGUGAAUGUGAUCCAGAAACAGGAGUGUGCCGGAACUGCCGACAUAACACGGAGGGUGAAAAGUGCGAACGAUGCUUGCCUGGUUAUUAUGGUGAUGCCACCAGAAGUAGUGUCAACGAUUGCCUAAAAUGCCCCUGUCCACUCACAGAGUCACCAAACCAGUUCAGCCCCACCUGCAUUCUUGCUCCUGACAGACAAGUGACUUGCACUGCUUGUCCAGUGGGUCACACAGGCCGUCGCUGUGAGAGCUGUCUGCCAGGGUAUGAAGGCAACCCUUUGCAGCCUGGAAGCUUCUGCAAGCCAAUUGUGGACAGAUGUGACUGUGACACUCGAGGGACAGUGCCCAACACUCAAUGUGACCCUGUAACAGGCCAGUGCCAGUGCAAGGCUUAUGUGCAAGGUCUGCGAUGUAGUGCAUGCCGUGAUGGUUACUUCUACCUGGACGAGUCCAACCAGCAAGGCUGUCUAAAUUGCUUCUGCAUGGGCAUCACAACACAGUGUUCCAGCUCAACCUACAGCAGGGAUGUGAUUCGGCCACAGUUUAAUGCUGAUGGCACUCAUGCAUUCUCUUUCACAAACCGACGACUUUCACGUACUAUUACUGAUGGAUUUACCAUCGAUGCUGCUCGCAACGAGAUUAUCUUCAACAACUUUCAGGGUAUCCAGCGAGAACGAGAGUCACUUUUUUUCCAGCUGCCACCAAAAUUCCGUGGUGACAAGGUGACAUCAUAUGGCGGUUACUUACGAUUCACCUUGACUUAUAGUACAUCUGCAGUUGCUGGACAAGGUUACAUGGAUGUUGAUGUUGAGAUCAUUAGCAAAGACCAGCGCAUGUAUCUGCUGUUGAACCCAUCACCAAAGCCACAGGUGACACAAGACUACAGGAUUCUGCUCAGAGAGUCAUCCUUCCGUCUUUUGGAUGGUUCCACUCCAACAAGAGAAGCCUUGCUGACAAUCCUGGCAGAUAUUGAUGCCAUUUUGAUUCGAGCGACAUACAACAGCCAGAUGAGCUCUGUCUCUCUACGAAAUCUUGAGAUGGAUGUUGCUGUACCUCGCAUCACAGGAUUGCCUCCAGCACCAGAGGUGGAAAGCUGUCGGUGUCCAGAGGGUUACACAGGUCUCUCAUGCCAGGAGUGUGCACCAGGUUUCCUGCGAGUCCCAGACUCUGGAACUGCUCUGGGACGUUGCACACGAUGUAACUGUAAUGGUCAUGCAUCCACUUGUGACCCUGUCACUGGCCAGUGUCUGGAUUGUCGUGACAACACCGAAGGUGAAAGAUGUGAGCGUUGUAUAGCUGGCUACUAUGGUGAUCCCACAGCAGGCACACCCAAUGACUGUCGCCCUUGUCCUUGUCCACUCACUAUACCAUCCAAUCAAUUUUCUCGAACCUGCUUCUUAGACCAGGAUCGCCAAGUGACGUGUGAGCAGUGUCCUCAAGGCUACACAGGGAGAAACUGCGAAAAGUGUGCUGAGGGGUAUUCAGGCAACCCAGGUGAAGUUGGUGGUCGAUGCGUGUUUGAAUCUGACCCCCUACGUCCUACUGUGAUAGUCAACCCCAUUCAGCUGCAGGAGCGAGUGGGUUCUUUAGCUCGCUUCCAAUGCCAGGUAACAGGUCGUGGACCUUUCAAUGUUGUCUGGAGUCGUCUAGAUGGUCGACGGCUGCCACCUUCUGCAACAACAGGUGUUGGGCCUACAUAUGAUUUGGUACUGAGCCGUUUGGACUACACAGAUGCUGGCCGAUAUGUCUGCUCAGUUACCAACGCCUAUGGCACCAGCCGUGGGAUUGUAGAGCUUACUGUGGAACGUAUUGACCAGCCUCUUCGAGUGAUGAUUGAAGAGCCAAGACAAAUCCAAACCACUGUAGGCGCUAAUGUCCGCUUGGUUUGUGUGGCAAUUUCUUACAGCAGUGAGGCCAACUAUGUACUAUCCUGGUCAAAAGAUGGUGGAAAUCUUCCUGCUCGUGCUAUUGACCAGAAUGGUGUGCUGUACAUUCCAAAUAUACAACCAGAGGAUGCAGGGCAGUACACAUGCACUGGGUCUGAUCCUAACAGUGUUGACAGGGCUACAGCCACUAUACGUAUUGAGAGAAUUGAUGAGUCUCCUAGUGCACGUAUUGAGCCCCGUUAUCUUCAGGUCACAGAGGGUAGUCCUGUAGAAUUUAAAUGCACUGCCACCGGUGUCCCUGCACCCGUUGUUCGUUGGACACGGGGAAGAGAUGGACCCUUACCUGACUAUGCUGUUGUAUCAGAGGGUAUUUUCCGCAUUCCAAGUGUUCGUAAAGCAGAUGAAGCCGAGUAUUACUGCACUGCCACGAAUCGAGCAGGAACGGGAUCAACACGUACUAUCAUCUAUGUGACCCCAAGAGAGCCCGGAAGACUUGAGAUUCACCUCAGACUUGCACAGAUCACAGCCACAGUUGGGAGCAAUGUACAGCUCGAGUGUUAUACCAAAGGGAAUGCUGAUGUACAACUCAUCUGGUCACGCCAGGGAGGUCUUCCACCAGGCUCAUCCCAGGAUGGUGGUAUUUUAACUGUUCCCAACAUACAACCUUCUUAUGCUGGAAACUACGUUUGCACUGGCACCGAUCAAUCUGGCAGUAUUGGCACAGCUACUGCUGUUGUCACAGUCAUACCAAGGGAAAGCUAUGAAGCCCCGACAGCCCGUGUGGAGCCAGAAACACAAACAGUUGCUCAAGGCACUACAGGAACACUGCGCUGUAUUGUGACUGGAAGUCCUCGCCCCACCAUCACCUGGUCCCGUGUUCCUGGCACCCUCACCCUUAACCAUAAUGUGCAAGGAGAAAUUUUACGUAUCACUCAGGCAACGAUGGAGGACCGCGGUGUAUACAUCUGCUCUGUUAGCAAUGUGGCUGGGCGAGCACAAGCCUCUGGUAUUGUUGAGAUAGAAAGGCGGGAGAUUCCAAGGAUUGAGGUGUUCCCUCAAGAUGCGCAGACGAUUGCAAAGGGAGCCAGUGUUCUUUUCCAGUGCCGUGUAGUAGGAGGUAUUCCAGCUCCCACAGUUACCUGGUCCAGGGUUGGUCUAAAGCCAUUUACACAAACUACCGAGGUGACAGAUGAGAAUGGUGUCAUCAUGUUCAAGCGAGUCACUGGUGAUGAACAGGGUGGCUACAUCUGUACUGCUACUAAUGCAAUGGGCACUGUCACAGCUACAGUCAACCUUCGAAUUGAAGGUCCUCCAGUAAUCACAAUAACACCCGGCCAUCGUAUCACAGCCAUUGUGGGGCAACGAGUUGACCUUGAGUGCAUAGGAGAGGGUGAGCCAGUGCCAACUGUUUUCUGGAGAGCUCCUGUCCCUCGGCGUGGUGACAUUGUGCCUGAUGUGGCCAUCACUGACCCCCUUCCUGGCACAGCAAGUCUGACCUUUGAACGAGUCAGCGAAACAGAUGGCGGCAGUUACAUUUGUGUGGCUCGCAACAGCUAUGGAGUGGUGGAGGAAUCAGUAGAUCUAUCAGUUGUGCAAGGUGAGGAUCAAACUGGAGUCUCGCCAGCAGUGGAUAUUGAAGGACCUGACCGUUUAUCUCUUAAAGAAGGAGAUUCAGUGCAACUAACCUGCACUGCUACAGGUUUAAGAUCUCCAUUGAUUCGCUGGCGACGUCCCGGUGGCCUGCCUUUGCCACCUGGUCACAGCGUGUCUGGAGGUCAGCUGUACAUUCCUCGUAUUACUGCUGAGUACCAGGGUGAAUAUCAGUGCAUUGUCACAUCAGAAAGAGGAGACUACAGCUCUUCUGUGAUUCUUAUAGUGUCAGUGACACCUCGACUGAGAGUGUCACCUUCCCAGGUGACAGCCCGUGUUGGUCAGUCUAUCACCUUGAACUGCCACCCAGAGGGUGCUGGGCCAUUCCAGCUUGAGUGGCAGAAAAUUGAUGGAGUGAUAUCACCAAGUGUGCGUGAGAUUGAUGGCAGGCUGGAAAUAAGACAGGUAACUGCAGCAGAUGCUGGGCGCUACAGGUGUGUGGCAACAAGUGACGUGGGUGUUUCUGAGGGUUUUGUCACAAUCAGUGUACAAGUACCUCCUUCUGCAUCUGUGACACCUAAGAGGUCUGAACAGGCAGUUGGCGGCAAAGCUGAAUUUCAGUGUGAAGUCUCAGGUGAUCCAAGACCUGAAAUCCGAUGGGAAAAGGAGGGUGGACUCCUUCCCCCACAGCACCAAAUCCGCAAUGGUUUGCUUAUUUUGUACAACCUUGUUGCUGAAGAUGCAGGCCGCUAUAUUUGUACUGCAACCAGUGAGAGUGGCACAGUUCGUGAUUUUGUUGUACUUCGUGUAAAUGCUGCUCCAGACAUUGGCAGCACCUUAGGGCGUAGUGUGCAGACUGUAGACGAAGGCGACCGUGUGGAGUUUGAAUGCAUAGUUACAGGCACACCACGACCAACAGUAUCUUGGAGCAAACUGGAGGGACCAUUGCCAGCAACAGCCUCUGUAGGAGAUGGUAUUCUGAUCAUCCCUGAAGCACGACCAGAGGAUGCAGGCACUUACCGCUGCACCGCUGCCAAUGUGGCUGGCUCUGUGCAGUCACAAGUACAGCUCUUUGUCCAAUCUCGGCCAGUCAUAUCAGCUCUGCAGGAUUUGCAAACAGCAGCAUUGGGCAGCCCCACUACAUUGUCAUGUGAAGCACAGGGCUCACCACAGCCAACCAUUACCUGGAUCAAAAAGGAUGGUGAUCUGCCAAUGGAGCACAGCAUCACCGAGACUGGAGGCUUGUACAUCCCACGAGUAAGAGAGGAGGAUUCUGGGACAUAUGAAUGCCAGGCAUCCAACCGUUAUGGCACCACUCAGGUGCCCGUCAUUCUGAUUGUUGGAGCACUGGUGCCCUACUUCCCACAGAAUCCUAAUUCCUACAUGAGUUUUGCUCCCCUGCCUGAUGUUUACCUGGAUCUGGACAUCCUGCUGUCCUUCCGCCCUGAAUCCACAGAUGGUUUGCUGCUGUAUAAUGGACAACACACCCAGACCAAUGGUGACUUUGUCUGCUUUGGUCUGAGUGGUGCUAUCCCAGAAUUCCGAUUUGAUGUGGGAUCUGGUCCUGCCAUCAUCCGUGGAAAGAAUCCAUUAGAGCUCAACAAGUGGCACACGGUUCACCUGAGGCGAGAGAAAAAGAAUGGUACAUUGCUGGUGAAUGAUGAGCCACCUUAUUUUGGGGAAGCCCCUGGCAGAUUUGUAGGCAUGGACAUUGAGAAACCCCUUUACAUUGGAGGUGUUCCCAACUAUGAGGAGGUGCCACGUGCUGCAGGCUUCACCUCAGGUUUUGUUGGCAGUGUUUCACAAGUACAGUUAAAGGGUGUGCCUCUCAACUUGGGAGCCCAGGCCAUUGAGGUGUAUGGCAUUGAGCAGUAUGAUGCCUGCCGUGACAGCCCAUGUUACAAUGAAGGCCGGUGCCAGCCCUAUAACAAUGCUUAUGGUUUCCGCUGUCUGUGUGCUCAGGGCUUUACUGGUUUGCAGUGUGAGAUCAAGGGAGAGCAGUGCUACCCAGGUGCCUGUGGACAAGGUCGCUGCUAUGAUUUGCCUGACUCUUCAGGUUUCCUCUGCAUAUGCCCUGCAGGUUUCAGUGGUGUUGGCUGCAGUGUAGGCCUUGUGGUGGUAGACCCAGCCUUCAACAAGACUUCUUUCAUCUCAUACCCAACUAUUCAGGAUGGAAUUUUGUCAGUCAGCCUGGAGGUUGUAUUCAAACCUCGCAGCCUUGAUGAUGGCAUCGUCUUGUACAAUGCGCAGAAUGAGGAUGGGCGUGGUGACUUUGUGGCAAUCAUCAUCAAGGAUGGUUUUGUAGAAUUCCGUUUUGACACCGGGUCUGGACCAGCUAUUCUUCGUAGUCGGAAUAAGAUCCCUGUUAAUGAGUGGGCCACAGUCAGGGCAGAGCGCAAGGGAAGAGAUGGCAUGCUUAUUGUCAACAACGAAGACCAAGUCAAUGAGCAAGUUGACCCCUACUACAAUCCCUACUCUAGAAGGGAUAGAGGUGAUAUCGCUAGAGGGACAUCACCUGGAAACACCAUUGGCCUCAAUCUCAAACGACCACUUUAUCUGGGAGGAGUGGAUCCCUCAGAAGCAAUUUCCAGCAAUGUUGGAACACGAGAAGGCUUUGUUGGGUGUAUUGCUCAGCUGAAGGUGGGAUCUAAAGAGAUUGACUUGCUGGCUGAUGCCACAGAGAGUGUCAACAUCCAAGACUGUGGAGACCGCUCUGUAUGUGACCGUGAUCCUUGCCAGAAUGAUGGCGUAUGUCAGGAAGUGUCACUCACAGAGUAUAUCUGCCACUGUCAUCAAACAUUCACAGGUCGGAACUGUGAAUUAGAGAUUGAUGAAUGUAUCACUCGAGAGCCUUGCCAAAAUGGAGGCACAUGCAGUGUGGUGGAAGGUCAUUAUAUCUGCAGCUGUCCUCUGGGCUUCAUGGGUCGUGACUGUGAGACAGAGAUCACCAUUGGGGAUUCAUUUGAACUAUCAGGGGAUGGUUAUGUGGAGUUGGAUCGUGCAGUCCUGUCACACCAUCAGCGUCAGCUAAAGCAAACCAUUUCCUUCACCAUCAAAACUGUGGAACCCAAUGGUUUGCUGUUCUGGCAGGGACAGCCUCCUGGAGAACAACGAGGAGGCAAUGACUACCUCACCAUAUUUCUGCGCAAUGGAUUUGUGGAGUUUAGGUUUGAGCUUGGCAGUGGUCCUGCUGUCCUGACCUCCACAGUGCCAGUGGAUGAUGGCUUCCCUCACACGGUGGUAGUGGAGAGACUUCAGCGUAGUGCAAACCUUACAGUUAAUAAUGCACCGACCGUUACUGGAUCAUCUAAAGGCCCACUUCAAGUUAUCAAUGUUCUUGGCAACAUUUUCUUUGGUGGCGUGCCUGACUUGCAGCACUUCACUGAUGGUCAGAUAUCUUCCAACUUUAAUGGUUGCAUCAGUGACAUUCGAAUAAUGAACCGACCACCAUUAGAAGUCAGUAAAGAUGCAAUUAGUGGUGCCAAUGUGCGGCCUUGUGUGAAUUAACCAUGGCACAGCACUCUGCGAUGGCAAAGCAUAUCCAUAAUACCAAGUGCGGUGCCUGCUCACAUUGCAAUGUACAUCGUCUUCACACUCCACUAUUUAUAAGGUAUUGACGACACACUACUUAAUGGUCAAAAGUCAAUUUCAACAACUGUAUCAACCAGCAACUUUAUAAAAUGGUCGUAAGGCCACAUGGAACACAAGAAAGUGUGCUGACAGCUGAAAGUUUGCCUUGUGUUAUUAGUGCACAGAAACGUGACACUUUUUUGUGAGCUUUGAGACAAGCAGGCCAUAUUUGCCCCAUGUCCACCAGAUGUUGAAACUUGUGUAGCUCAGAGUAUGUCUCACGAUAAUUAUAUUUCUCAGAAUUGUAUGCAGCUGCUAUCAUUAAUAGUAGAAUAAACCUGAUUGAACUGCAUGCAAAAACAUGGGCAAGACAACCAUCAAAUCUUGAAUCAUGUGGUAUCUCUUGCUGUAGUGGUCUUGCAUGUUGUGCUCUAUCCUUCUGUGCAUUUACAGUGGCAGGCCCAUAUGUACAUGGUAUCAUCAGUGGCAUAUUGAGCCAGGACUGUUAGAAAUUUCCAAAAUAUUAGCAGAGCUGGAGAUGGGAUUAUUUACUAUAAAGGUGGUCUGGAGAUGUCACUUCGUGUGGUACCAAAGCCAGACGAUCAGGAAAAUUGUGAGUUAAUCCUGAAGUCUUUGUAAGCAGGGAAAUGCGCCAGUCUUGAGAGAGGUGCUGUCAAAGAUCUCCAGUGUGUUACAGCCUGAUCAGCUUGCAGGUUCACGUCAUUCAUGUUCACAAUUAGUCAGCUUUAGCCUUUUGCUACUAUUUUUAUAUUGUAACGUUUUAUACACAAAGUGUUGUAGAUGGCAGUCUGUUUGUACUCAAGUAUUGUUUUACUUGUCCCUGUGUAACUGAUUACUAAAUACUCCAGCCAUUGGUGCUACAAACAGCAACAUUUAUCGCCUCUAGAAUAUUUCUAUUCAUCAGUUUACUACCGUUUCAUACCAAAGUCCUUCACACAAUGGUGUUUACUGCCCUUCUCAUGUAUUUACAGCAUAAUAAAUACAGUACAAAUUGUUUACUUAAUUCUGAUUUCUUUAUCAUGCAUUUAACAUUGUGUUGGUUCACCCUGGGAUUACUGUGGCAGGCAUAGGUAGGCUGGUGUUCCCUUACAUUACCGAAUUCUGUUCCUGUGAAAAUGUGUGACAGCUUGUUUGUAGUUAUUGCAUGUGCGCAUCAAACAUUUGCAUGCAAACAGUAUCCCAUUGCAGGAUCAUUUGUAAAACAUUGAAACAUGUCUAGUCUGUGAUUUGAUCUGCACACCAAUAAAAUGAUGAAAUUACAA